CGCUGGAGUGGGUCAGGAAGAAGUAGUUCGGUGAUCGAUCCCACAACGACAAAAUAUCAGCGAUGUCGCUCUAACGAGAGCAGUCCGGCGAGUUUGUUUUUUUUCCCCCUUGCCUCCUCUCUGACGCAGACUAACAAAAGACAUGGAGCAGUUGUUGCUGAUUAAAGAAGACCAGGAGUGUGGUCUGAGUGUUGACCAAAAGGACAUUAAAGAGGAACAAGAGGAACUCUGGAUCAGUCAGCAGGGACAGCAGCUUCACCAGCUGGAGGAGGCUGAUAUGACGAAGUUCUCUUUCACUGCUGACCCCUUGAAGAGCGAAAAUGAUGUAAAACCACAAUCAUCACAGGUUCAUCAAAGCCAAACUGAUGAGAGCAGAGAGGCGGAGCCUGUAGCCAGCAGCUCAGCUGUACAUCGAACACUGAGACCACAAGGGGAGGGAGAGGACCACAGAGGACCACAACGAGCCAGCAACCCAGAUCCAACUAGUCGAUUACAACCAGACAGCAGUGGUAGGAGUUCAGACAGUUCUGAGGGUGAGACUGAUGACAGUAAUGAUUGGAGACCAACCAGAGAACUCGAUUCAGGUUUUAGCUGUCAGACAAAUAACAAUGUUUCUGUUACUCAUAGCAGGUGCAGUGUUAGGACGGAACAGUUUAAUUCCUCUCAGUGUGGUGAAUCAUGUGUUCCAGUGAAUGGUUCCAAACGACGUACAGGAAAGCGAGCAAGGGAAAGGCGAUAUCGCUGUUCUGAGUGUGGUUCAAGAUUUCAACAAAAGGGUCAUCUGACCAAACACAUGAAAAUUCAUACGGGAGAGAAACCAUUCGGUUGUUCUGAGUGCGGUAAAAGAUUUAGAGAAAGUGAACAUCUGAUCGAUCACAUUAGAAUUCAUACAGGAGAGAAACCAUUUAGCUGUUCUGAGUGCGGCACAAGAUUUGGACGAAGGAACAAUCUGAUUAUACACAGGAAAGUUCAUAUAGGAGAGAAACCAUUUAACUGUACUGAGUGUGGUAAAAGAUUUAGAGAGACUGGUGAUUUGACUGAACACAUGAAAAUUCAUACAGGAGAGAAACCAUUUUUCUGUUCGGAAUGUGGUACAAGGUAUGGACGAAGGGGCAGCUUGCUCAAACACAUGAGAAGUCAUGCGGGACCAAAACCAUUUAGCUGUUCUGUAUGUGGUAUAAGAUGUGGAUUCAAAGGGGAUCUGAUGAUACACAUGAGAAUUCAUACAGGGGAGAAACUAUUUGGCUGUUCUGAGUGUGGUGGAAUGUUUGGACGAAAGAGCAACCUCAUCAGACACAUGAAAACCCAUGGAAGAGAGAAAAAAAAGUGAAAUGGGUCCAGAAUAUCUUGAGAGAAGAGGAACCAGAUUUAAGAAGAAAUUACAGCACAAAAUCAGCAGCCUAAUAGGAGACCACAGUCUUGUUUGAAUCUCCAUGAUAUUGCGGGUUUUGACCACUUAACAGGCACUUCCAUUUAAUAUAUACAC